CCUGUAUUUGAUUACAUGCUCGUUUCUCUUUUUAGGGAACAAAGCUAUGGAUUAUAAUGGAAUACCUGGGCGGCGGGUCCGCGUUGGACUUGAUGAAGGCGGGCAGCUUCGAAGAGAUGCACAUAGCGGUGAUACUGCGUGAGGUGCUCCGAGGUCUGGACUACCUCCACUCGGAGAGGAAGCUGCACCGAGACAUCAAGGCCGCCAACGUGCUGCUCAGCGAAAUGGGCGACGUCAAGCUUGCAGAUUUCGGUGUCGCGGGCCAACUGACAAACACGACUAGCAAACGCAACACAUUCGUCGGUACGCCGUUUUGGAUGGCACCCGAAGUGAUCAAGCAGUCGUGUUACGACAGCAAGGCGGAUAUCUGGUCCCUGGGUAUCACCGCCAUCGAAUUAGCCAAAGGCGAACCGCCCAACUCAGAAUUACACCCCAUGAGGGUACUUUUCCUAAUACCUAAGAAUAACCCCCCGCAACUAACCGGGAGCUACUCCAAGCCGUUCAAAGAGUUCGUCGAGGCGUGUCUCAAUAAGGACCCAGACAAUAGACCAACGGCAAAGGAGUUACUUAAGUUCCAAUUCAUCAGGAAGGCCAAGAAGAAUUCGUAUUUAAUGGAUCUUAUAGAUAGGUAUAAGAAAUGGAAGUCGCAGCGGAGCGAGGAGAGCGAAACAGAAUCCGAGAAUUCAGAUUCUGAGGAGUGCCGCGGCGGCGACGGCGAGGCGGACGAGCCGUGGAUCAUGACGGUGCGCGGAGGAGCGGCCGCUCGAGCGCUGCACGCUGCAGAAGACAAUAAGCGUCGCCAGCCAGUACCCGACAACGUGGUGGUAGGCCGAGCGGUGUCGCCGGGAGCGAAGCAGAACGGAGGCGUGACGCGCGACUCACCGCCGCCCGAGACGGCGCCCGUACAGCCCGCGCCUAACAACAACAACGCCGCGCCCCAGCCACCACGACAAUCGUCGAACGUAUCAACACCCGUCGUGGAGCAGAGAAGCGCUAAGGAGAGGGAGCGAGAGCGAGAACGUGAGCGGGAACGAGAUCGAGAACGGGAACGGGAACGAGAACGAGAUCGAGAACGGGACCGGGAUCGAGGCGACGACAGGAAGGAGAGGCCGGAGCACACGCCCUCCAAUCGCGACACUGUAGUAUAUAAUAAUAAAGCGGAGCGGGACCGAAACCGAGGCGACGAUAGGAAGGAGAGGCCAGAGCACACGCCCUCCAAUCGCGACACUGUAGUAUAUAAUAAUAAAGCGGCGUCACCUUUGGACCACAGAGGAUCUAAUAACACAGAAGAGAACAAAGUCAGAAGGCACCCAUACUUGCAGCAACUAAUUUAUCCACUACUGAAUGAGUUGUCCCGCAAGCACGGCGCUGGCAGCGCGGCGGCGGUGGAGGAGCUGCGCCGCGCCUUCGAGCACGCAGAGCGCGCCGCGCCGCAUCUCACGCGCGCCUUUGUGCAGCAGGUAGUGCAAAGGGUGGCGACGCAAUCGCACCAGCCGGCUGCGCCCGCGCACAACUCGCAGCAGUGGAUGAGGGACGUAUAAUGGAGCGGAAGGGGCUCACACCGGGCGUCCCCACACUUUGUUAUUUGUUGAUGAACUCGCGCCGGCACCCGCCCCCGUCCACAAUCACACCAAUACCGACCUUAUUGCGUUCGCCAUAAGGACUACUUCUGGGUAUCCGAGCGCGGACAGAAUUUACUCAUCCACACCAAUACCGCACUUAUGGUCGAAAUAGACCUUUGAAACGCGACGCCGUUCGAAGCCAUGCGAUGCUUGUUGAGACCAUAGAGGUAUAAGAAUAGAGUGGGGAAGGCGGCUCUAUAAGUGUCCGUAUAGUAGAAAGAGAAAGAAGACGAGAGACCGCUAGCUAUCUCUCUCUCUUCUGACGCAUGCGCAGUCGUCUGUUCAAUAGUAGGUUCAAGCAUCACAUCGAAAUAGUAAGAUGCUUACGGCGAUAGCGGUCUCUCAUCUUCUUUCUCUUUCUAUUAGAGGGACACUUCCACUUGUGGUAGAGUCUAUAUCUCCCCUACUCUAUUCUUAUACCUCUAUGGUUGAGACAAAUCAAAUGUACCAUAGUGCAACAAGGAUCUUUAUAAAGGUGGCGAAAAUUGGAACUAAUGCCGCCGUCAUUUGUAAACUUCAUAUUUUGUAGGUCAUUUACGUAGACGGUGGCGCCCUGCCUGAACUGCCACUCACUGAAUCAUAAAGAUCAUUGUCGCACUGUUAUUUCUAUGAUCAGAAUCACAUUAGGAACAUCCGACGUGACGCAAUGCGCACACACUGAUCAUAGAAAAUGCACGCCGCGUGGCGUCUAAUGGCGUCGCGUUUCAAAAGUCUGUUUCGGCCAUUAUUAACGUGCCGCAUAAGGACUACUUCAGGGUAUCCGAGCCAUAGAGGUAUAAGAAUAAACUGGGAAGGCGGCUCUAAAAGUGUCCGUGCUAGUAGAAAGAGAAAGAAGAUGAGAGACGGCUAGCUAUCUCUCUCUCUUGUGACGCAUGACAUCCAAUGGCAUCACAUCGAAAUAGAUAAGAUGCUUACGGAUGCCAAUGCGCAUGCGCGAUUAGAGAGAGAGAGAGCUAGCGGUCUCUCAUCUUCUUUCUCUUUCUAUUAGAGGGACACUUCCACUUGUAGAAGAGUCUAUAUCUCCCCUACUCUUUUCUUAUACCUCUAUGAUCCGAGCGCGGCCAUAGUUUAUCGGAUCGGAUCGGCAGUGCAAUUCUGUAAGAACAAACUCACCUUUUACCUCGCCAUCCGUGGUGUUAUUUAAAAUUAGAACAUGAUUCACACUAAUAUUAUAAAGCCGAAAGUUUGUGAGUGUGUAAGUUUGUUACUUCUUCACGUCUAAACGGCUGGAGCGAUUUUCAUAAAAUUUGGUAUGGAGUUAGCUGACAUCCUGGAUUAACACAUAGGCUACGUUUUACUGCGGGAAAAUAUUCUUAAUAUACUGCAGGUAACACCGCGGGGCACAGCUAGUUUCAAAUUAAAUUAAAAUCACACCGCCCAAUUUCGCAGCUUCAAGUGAGUUAGUUCUUACAGAAUAGCACUGCUGAACACUGCAUUGCGGCGUAACGAAUAAAGCCAGAGUUUUGGGAUCGCGUUAUUAAAAUAAUCCGUACUUAUUCCUGAGUUUAGUACUUUAUGCACAGUUAUUUGAGGGAUAUACUUAUCUAUUCUUUAUUAUUAAGUUGUUCCAAUUUAUAUGUAUAAUCUUUUUAGUGACAUUACCUGACUAUUAACUAUUUACAGCGGUUAACGAAAACUUUAUAUGACACUGAGCAACCAAGCUGAAUGUUUUAGUUAAACUACUCAAAUAAAUCGAUUAACUUAUCAACUUUGAUGAAACUUAGUUAACCGCUCCGAGUGCGACAGUUAGACUGGUAAUGUCAUUCUGAAUAAAUAAAUAUACCAAGACGUUUUAAAAAAAAUGUGUUACAUUAAAAUUACAAUGUGUCUUUUUAUGUUACCGUGCGCAUAAUUUGAUAAAACACUUAAUACGGGUUAUGGGCGUAUAAUCAUACGGCUGCAUUGAGACGUCAAUUACGAAUAUAUUUGCAGCUUGUCAAAGUGACGUGUUGUCCUAUUCUAUUGCUAUUGGACAGAACGUGACAGCAUCAACUUUUUUCAUACGUAAAGAUUUAUUGAAUUCUUUUAGUGCGGCCUUAAACUGAAUACCUAUAAUAGUUUAAAAUAGCAUAUCCCUUUCGAGAUCAGCCAAAUUUGUCAAGUUGUGUCGAGGUUUUCCAACUAUAUUUUUUUUACUAAUCUGAUUGAGGCUCGACGGCGCAAGUGGAUAACGCGUUCAGCUGCGAUCGUUGAAGUUAAUCAACUUUCGCAGUCAUUCAUUGGAUUCGUCGGUCAUUGAAUGGGUGACCAUAAAUUUACUAUGUCGAGCUCCUCCGUGCUUUGGCGGACACGUUGAGCCGUUUGUCAUGGCCUAAUCAUUACCCUAUUCCAUCCAUAGGGAAGGCCUGUGCCCCAGUAGAGGGGACUAUAUAGGCUGAUAUUUUCGACACUACAUAUAUAAAGCGAUAAGUUAUGGUGAGAGUACUUCACAAGAUGCAAGGUCGCCCCCCUUAUUUCAAGCUGUCACGUUCGUUUUUUUUAUACACAUUUUCUCAUAUAUCAAAUAAGAUACUUGCACUUGUAUUGUUGUCAGAGGCCACCGAAAAAACUUACCACUGCUUACCAACCAAUUAGAACUCAAAAUCGCCGCGUGGGCUCCCUUACUAUUGCUUUAUAACCCGUUCGUCGAGUGUUUUAUUAAGAAAGUGCAAAUUAGUGUAAAAUCUGUGUCGUACUAAUAUAAUGUUAUGUAAUGAACAUCUAUUAUGUCAUUGUUAAAACUCUUGUUUUAUUAUCGCACCGUAACGUCGUGAUGCGAUUGCGUCAUUAAAACGAAGCCAAUUUGUUUAGUGCUUCCUUGUCUCGGAUCACUUUUCUAUGCUUUACAUGAUGACUAUCAUUGCUACUGUAAAACGCCUAUACUGCAUAAUGUCAGAUAGCAUAUCAUUACUGAAUCCUCUUACCAUGUUGCAUGUAUUAUUCGAAUGAUGCAUUGUAGAUAUUCGGUGUUUAUCGAUACAUUGCUAGUCGAUAUAUUGUAACACUGCACGGUGUAUCGAUGUUGAAUAAUUGGUUCCAACGCCGAUUGUUGCUGUGCGUUCAACAGAAUUGUAACGGGUGUCGACGCGUGAAGCCGCAAUCGAGUCACAAAGUUGCAAUGCCAUAGUGUAAUAAAUAAAAUGUAACGUAAUGAAUACUUAAGAUGUUAUGUCUUAUAAUAUUUUAUAUUAUGUGCAUUAUUUAUGUAAAUAUCACCUUUAGUUCCGCCACGUUGCAUUGAUCGAAACACCUCUUACGAGUGGUCGGAACACCUCGGUAGUUACUCUAAAACUUACAUUUUAGUGAUAUGUCCCCUAAAAAAUAUAGUGAAUGUUUAUUUAUAAAAUAGUUGUCACCAUUUUUUUUUGUUUGUGGAAAUAUAACCUCUAGAGUCACCUGACCGCAAGUUUUAAUUUUCACUGUGAGUCGUUUUUAGUAUAAUUAAUUAUUUUAUUGUCAGUGGUUGUUUGUUGAAUGCUUGUGUUCGGUUUCGCAAAGGUAUGGGAUCUUUUAAUUAUCAAAUAUUUGUGGAGAGCUAAUACGUUACACUUCGCCAAUGUUUUGCCAUAAUUUUGUCUUUUUUUUUCUAAAAUAUGUUUUUAACUUACUCGUUUUUUUAAAGAGUCUGAUGUUUUGUUGUGAUCAGUCGUUGAAAUUCUCAUAUAUUUAUAAACUGUAUUAAUUGAAGUUUUGAAAAGUUAUUAAGAAAAAAAAUGUUCUAUGUGUCAUUCCAGACAAAAGACAAUAUUGUCAGCAUUUAUAGAUUAUUGUUUGUAACUGUACUUUGGUUUGUCAGAGUGAAUCCUCCAACACUUAUGAGCAAUGUCCAUCAAAUUGUUAAAAAAAAAAGAAUUUUAGAUUAGUUUGAAACUUAGUUUUAGCACAAAAUAGAUAGUACAGAAAGUAAUCUACAUACAAAGUGCGCUCGAGCAACGCACGCAUAGACAACAUUCACGGACACGAUAUCUUGGACCGCUUGGGACCAGUGCGAGUGCGAGUUUUAUCCGCUUGAGACACGCGUCUGUGAACUUUUUUGUGUAAAAAUGGAGCAACAAUAUAUUAUAACUUCAAUUGACGGUUUUUGAAUUCAACAUUAAACGGCGAAUAUACAUUUUUUUUAAUUUGCACCUGAUAUAACAAUAACAUGAAAAUUUAAAUGUGUACUUUAGUAAAGGUAUGUGUUUCAUUCUCAACAAUAAAUCAAACAACUAGAUACAUACGAGUGCCAUUACCAUUUUGUGCACGAGCAAAAUUGACAGUAAAAAAUGUGAGGUACACACAUGAGAUUACCUUCUGUACUAUCUAUUUUGUGGUUUUAGUUGCGUAUUUGGCUACUUACCGUUUAUUUUAGUUACUAAUCAUUCAGUUUUAAAACAAUAAUUUCGGAACACUAUUUCUGAAUUUAAUAUUAUAUAAGAGUUGAUUUUGCACGUAGAAGGAAGCAGGGCGAUCAGAAGGCGGUUUAAAGUAUUCUAUGGGUAUAAAAGUAUUCUGACUCGUAAGAACCAGUAGGUGUCAAUAUUAAUGGAAAAAACAUGCUUAAAUAUGCGACAAUAUUUAGCGAUCGGGGAGUAUAUAGAAUAUAGUAUUAUGAAGACUACAAAAACAAUUAUUAUGCUGUGUAAAAAUGUAAACCUAUUAUAAAUGUGUAAAUUGUGUAGUAUAAUAUAAAAAGCUGUUUUAUGAAGUGUUCUUAUAAGCAUAUGAAGAUUAGUGUUUCCAAUGAGCUAUGUGAGCGCGGCCGGGAGGCGAGGCGAGUGCUCCCGGGACACUCACGUGUCGCCUCUAAAGCUUAGUAUGUAAGUACCGCCGCCACCUCUCCCGGCCUGCGUUUGCGUUUUGCCUUGAAUUUAUUUUUUGUUUUGCCAUGUGUAUGCGCAUGGGAGAUGUUACGAUGAUUUCGAUGAUGGAUCAAAACUUAUUUUUCCACUUGAUCGUGUACGGUAAAAAGCGUGUAGUGUUAGAGGUGGGCGAUAAUUGUUGAUUAUUGAUUAAAAUUAGGUGUUCGUGACAUUGGGUAGUAGAGACGCGUUCGGCAUCAUCGGCUAUGUUGCCGGGAAGUAUGGUGCUUGCCUGUCGGCAACGUAGCUCGGUAGUGGAGUGUGUAGUUGUUAAUACCUUCGAGAGUUGCGGACCGUUCGAGUCGGCGUCGUCGUUUGGUUCAUGGGUAUUUGUGAUCAUAAUUUCAUAGUUGAUAAAAGAUAAAAAAAAUCUAUAUUAUUCUAAUAUUAAAGUCUGUAUUAAAACCGAUAGUCGUUCUCGUGUAGUGUAGCGCGUGGAUCGCGCGUCGCGUUCUCAGCUAACCGUCACUCGAUUACGGAUGUCCCGGAGAUAUAAAUACGUGACCAAUGAUCGGUGGCUAAUUAAAGCGGCCGCAUAUGGAGCGAUAUGUGCGAUGCACAUGUGUGCAUAUCUAGUCCCUUUAGCGCGACGCGCGACCCCGCGCAUUAAACAAAUAAAGUCACCGGCCCUCCAAUUGCACCAUGUUUGAGCUAACAGCUAACGGCGCGUACCAUUAGUCUAAUGGUCAAUUAAUGUUGCGGCGUCUGUCAUUCUAACAAGUUUAUGUAGGAAACAAAUUUGACUCUGAAAUAAAAGAAGUUAUUUAAUUUUGGA